AUGCCCAGCCAUGCCACGCUGCCGAAGCUCAAUAUAAAGAUCCGAAGCAUCCUGUCUGGGGAUGUGCUCGCAGAUUUGCAGGUCGCAGCCGCAGAGAGUCUGCAAGCGGCUGCAGAGUCGAGGUUGCCCGAGUUGGUUCCUUUCCAGCUGGUCCAUGGCGCUGUGAGUUGCGCGCAGUCCACUGCGCUGGAAAUAGGUUUGGAAGACGGGGCUGUGCUGGACUUGGUUCGAGUGCGUAAGACACGCUCUCUAGUCUCUCACAACACCAACUUCUGGUUGGGUGGCUCGGGCUUCCACUGCCAUGACAGCUACCUGGACAGAGUCGCAUCGGAGGAUGCGCAGGCAUUCUACAUCUCCUACGUCCGCGUCAAUCUAAAAGACUCCGUAGACAGUCGUGGCCAAAGCCACGGCAGGGACUGCCGAGACACAGUCUUCCUCGAUGCCGUGGCGCAGCAGCGAGCUGCUGUACGUGGGGGGCCUCUACCUCACGUGUUCUACUGCUCGAAGGGUCCCAUUGGACGCCGCUGCCGACUCUGCUGGAUCGCGCGAGACGGAACGAUGUACGGGUGCACGACAUCAUCAGACGAGCACCAGCUGUGGUCAACGGCGGAUGGUUCCAACUUUGAGAAGGUCGGUGCCGCAUCACCUUUCAAAAUCCUUGACUGCUUGUUCUUGGGCGACUCCUUGUUCGUUUUCGGUGAGAGCAAAGAUGCCUGGCGCCUCCUCGAAUUUCGGCGGGACCUCGAGGGUCAGCUCGCCGAGAGGAGGGUACAUACAGAACCCUGCAGUGACCUAAGGAGACCGCAACAUAGCAGGGUGAGGCCGAAGAUUCUGGGCUUGGACGAGACAGGUCACGCCUUGUGGCUGUGCCACGACGGCCUUUUGGUGGUGCCGCUGGAAACAUUCAUGCCGCGCCUCUGCUUCACCUGGAAUGACUUCCGGCAAGCAUGUCCUCAGGAGGAGGAGGAGGUGGAAUUUCACGAAGUUCUAAUGGACCACAGAACACGGGAACUCUACGUCUUCUUUGACCUCAGCAAGAUAGCGAAUCGGGAGGACGAGGCAGCAGCAUCCUGCCGCGUUUUAUGCUUGACGCCACAGAGCCGAGUAGGUGAGCCUGCGUGGCAGGUGGACUAUCCAGACCUGGCUGGCGAAGUUGUCUGCAGCGCGCCUCUUGCCAUCGACGGUUUUUCCGAUGCUUUCUGCAUCCUGGCAACGCACCACACCGAACGCUGCCUUUGGGCUCUUGACGCCGACGGCGAGAUGUGGAAGAUGGAACUAUGA